CACAGUCAAAGUUUUAGUUAUUUCAGUUGCCAGCAUUGUCGGUCACGUGAUCAAAAGUGUAAUGACUGAGCACAAUACGUUAUACUUCGGCAGUUUUCUUAAAUUUUAGUGUUUUUCGUGAAAUACACCAAUAAUUAGCAGCAUUUUAACUUAAAGUUUUUAAGAUGGGCGAUACAAAAGAAGAAAAUCCCAAAAAAGAAGAAAAACCAACCGAAGAAGACAAAAAUGAACUGUCUGAAGAAGACAAACAAUUGCAGGAGGAGUUAAACUUGUGCGUCGAGACUUUGCAGGAAAAUGACGAGAACCUGUACCUUCCGGCUCUCCAGGCCCUCAGUAACCACAUUCGGGCCUCCACAACAUCCAUGACCUCAGUCCCCAAACCCCUCAAGUUCAUGAAACCUCAUUACGGCACUAUGAAAAGUGUCUAUGAGAAAAUCCGCGACCCUAAUGUAAAAACCGUUUGCGCUGACGUCAUUUCAGUCCUAGCGAUGACAAUGGGCGAAGGCCGCGAGUGUCUCAAAUACCGCCUCUUGUCGAAACUCGACGGCAUCGGCGAGUGGGGCCACGAAUACGUGCGUCAUCUCGCCGGCGAAAUCGCGGCCGAGUGGGCCGAAACCGACGUCUGCGAGGACAAAGACAAGGAGGUCCUCAUCGAAUUGGCGAAACAGAUCGUCCCUUACAACAUGGCGCACAAUGCCGAGGCCGAAGCCUGCGAUUUGUUGAUGGAAAUUGAAAGACUCGACUUGUUGGAGGUUUACGUGGACGAGAACACUUAUCCAAGAGUGUGCUUGUAUUUGAUAAGUUGUGUUCCUUACGUUGCCGACCCUGAGAACACCACAUUGUUGCAAACAGCCCUGCUUUUAUUCCGCAAUUUCGAUCAGUAUCCCCAAGCUCUGAGACUCGCAAUGCAACUCAAUGAUCAUAAUUUAAUCGAGGAGAUUUUCACGUCGUGUCCUGACUCGACGGUUCAGAAACAAUUGGCUUUUAUGCUCGGUCGGCAACAGAUUUAUAUCGAGAUUCCUGAGACUACACCUGAGUACGAGGAUUUGGUCGAAAUCAUGGCCAACUGUCACUUGAAUAACCAUUUUUUGAAUUUGGCCCGUGAGCUUGAUAUUAUGGAACCUAAAACACCGGAAGACGUUUACAAAUCGCAUUUGGAGAAUACUAGACCCCAGUUUGGGUCAAAUCAAGUUGACUCAGCCCGGCAGAAUCUCGCCGCUAGUUUCGUGAAUGGUUUCGUCAAUGCUGGUUUUGGCCAGGAUAAACUCCUAAUGGAAGAUGGGAAUAAAUGGUUGUAUAAGAACAAAGAGCAUGGCAUGUUGAGUGCUACUGCGUCUCUAGGGUUGGUAUUACUGUGGGACGUGGACGGGGGGCUCACCCCCAUUGAUAAGUACUUGUACUCGUCCGAGGACCACAUCAAAUCCGGCGCUUUACUCGCCUGUGGUAUUGUUAAUUGUGGGGUUAGGAACGAGUGUGACCCUGCUUUGGCUCUAUUGUCCGAUUAUGUCUUACAUAAUACCAAUACUAUGAGAAUUGGGGCUAUAGUCGGGCUUGGGUUGGCAUACGUGGGCUCAAACCGUGAGGCUGUUUUGAGUUUACUAACCCCAGUUUUUUCCGACUCGAAAUCCAAUAUGGAGGUGAUAGGCAUGGCGGCUUUAGCGUGUGGUAUGAUCGCAGUCGGCUCUGGAAAUAGUCAAAUCACCACAGCUAUCAUGCAGACGUUGAUGGAGAAGUCAGAGGCUGAUUUGAAAGACACCUAUGCUAGGUUUUUGCCCCUCGGUCUCGGUUUGUGCCAUUUGGGGAAACAGGAGGGUAUUGAGACAAUUAUAGCCGCCUUGGAGGUGAUCCCCGAGCCGUUCAAGGCCAUGGCUGUGACAAUGGUUGAUAUUUGUGCUUAUGCCGGGACUGGAAACGUCCUUAAAGUCCAACAUUUGCUCCAUAUUUGUUCCGAACAUUACGAACCGGCUGAUAAGGAGGAAAGCCGGAAUGAUAAAAACAAAGACAAGAGUAAGGAAAAGGAGGAGAAGGAGAAAGAUUUAUCGGCGAGACAAGCAGUGGCCGUUUUGGGGAUCGCUCUUAUCAGUAUGGGGGAGGACAUAGGGAGUGACAUGGCCUUCCGGACCUUUGGUCACUUGUUACGCUACUGCGAACCGGUGAUUCGACGCGCUGUGCCUCUCGCACUUGGCCUCAUAUCUGUAUCAAACCCCAAAUUGAGUAUCUUAGACACUUUGAGUAAAUUCUCACACGAUAGUGACGCCGAAGUCGCCCAUAAUGCCAUAUUCGCAAUGGGUCUAGUCGGCGCUGGAACUAACAAUGCAAGGUUGGCAGCAAUGUUGCGUCAAUUGGCACAAUUCCACGCCAAAGACCCUAACAAUUUAUUUAUGGUACGAAUCGCUCAAGGGUUGACUCAUUUAGGUAAGGGAACUUUGACUUUGAGUCCUUAUCACAGUGAUAGACAAUUGAUGAGUCCCGUGGCCGUGGCCGGUCUGAUGGCAACACUGGUUGGUUUCCUCGAUGUGAAAAACAUAAUUCUCGGGAAAUCUCACUAUUUGUUGUACACCCUUGCCGCGGCGAUGCAACCUCGAAUGUUGGUAACAUUUGAUGAAGAUCUUAAUCCGCUUCCAGUGCCGGUGCGAGUGGGUCUUGCGGUUGAUGUUGUGGGACAGGCUGGCAAACCUAAGACUAUUACAGGAUUUCAAACCCAUACAACUCCCGUGUUGUUGGCGUAUGGCGAAAGGGCCGAAUUAGCAACGGAGGAAUACAUCGCGCUUACUCCGAUUAUGGAAGGAUUUGUGAUUCUUAGGAAAAAUCCAGACUUUUAUCCUUCUUAAAAAUGUCUAGCUUUAUUUAAGUUUUGUCUAUGUUUUGUAUCCAGUUCACCUAAUUUAAUAAAAAUAAGUUCUUCAGUUA